CGGCUAUUGUGACGUCAGGAUGUACUAAAAAAGAAGCAAGAAAACAAUCGGCAUUGAGGAAAACAGAGGCACUCGGAGCCUGUUUGGGAGGAGAAGCGUCCGUGGGAAGGAAGCCACGGAGAGGGGCUGGCCGGGACUCAGUGUGGGAGGGGGAAGACGCUUCUGCCAACAUGGUGUCGCCGGUGACCGUGGUGAAAAGUGAAGGCCCUAAACUGGUGCCCUUUUUCAAAGCCACCUGCGUCUACUUUGUCCUCUGGUUGCCAACUUCCAGCCCUUCCUGGUUCAGUGCCCUUAUCAAAUGCCUGCCUAUCUUCUGCUUAUGGGUUUUCCUGCUGGCUCAUGGGAUCAAUUUCCUGGUGGCCCACCGCAGCGCCUGCAGAAUCUUUGCUGGCUUGAUAUUCUCGGCAAUAGGAGACGCAUUCCUCAUCUGGCAAGAACAAGGCUACUUUGUUCACGGUUUGCUGAUGUUUGCCAUCACACACAUCCUGUAUUCCUCAGCUUUUGGGAUGAAGCCUUUAGAUCUGAAAUCGGGCCUGGUGAUAGCCCUCAUGUCCAGUUUCAGCUACACCUUCCUGUAUAGCUACCUCUCGGGCCCCUUCACCUACCUGGUGGCGGUCUAUGUUGCCUUGAUUGGCUUCAUGGGCUGGCGGGCCAUGGCUGGAGUGCAGCUGUGCAACGAUCUGUGGACAUGGACCAAGCUCUCAGCCUGCAUUGGUUCAGUCCUCUUCAUGGUGUCAGAUCUGACCAUCGCUCUCAACAAAUUCUGCUUUCCUGUGCCCUACUCACGGGUCAUCAUCAUGGCCACUUACUAUGCAGCUCAGAUGCUUAUUGCUCUUUCUGCUGUGGAGAGCCGGGACGAAGAGGUCUUCAAGAAGCAGAAGUAGACGGUGUUGACUGUACAUCAGUCACAAACCCACAGACUCCGCUGAGGGGCACUAGAGCUGGAUCUAUCCAACUCUGAGGACAGUUCUGACGGUUUAGGUGAAUCAGUGAUCACAGACCUUUGCUUCCUCAAAGUGUUUUAUUUAGCAUUAGCUGGCCCUCCUCCAGUCGGGUUUGCUGGAGUGUGGGUCCCACACUGGAUGUUUAGAUGGUUCCUGCAGAAAUCUAAUAUAUGAUCUUCUCUGAAUCCCCACCCCUGACCUGUGAAGUUGUGAGAGGCCUCUCAAAUAAUACAUGGGAUUUGUCUGAUACUGAAGCUGGUGCUGGACAUUCUAGAAGCAGGAGGCUCUUUUCAGAACUGUGUUUUUAAAAAGAAGGAAGGAAGAGGACAGAAGGAGAAUGGACAUUAUAUUGGGAUUAAGAGCCUUACCUUCAACAGUGAAUGUACAAGUCGUGGAAAGGAGCCUCGGUGCUGCUUGACCAAGCCCCUUUUCUUGUGCGCAUUGUAGUACAACUGUGAAAUUCUUGUGUUUCUACACAAGGGACCCCCCAGGGCUUGAACACCAUGGGAGGACAUAGGGGAGUUUGUAUGGGUAUUACAGCUUGUGCUAUCCCUGGGAGAAAUCAGUCUAAAUUCCAGAUUCAUACAACCACUUAUUUAUAGGCCAUUGAAAGCCUUUCUUCUGAAUGUGAAUUCUGUGGAGCCUCUGGCAUUCUGCAGACUUAAAAGCAACAGCAAAAUGCAACAAUAUUCUCAGGCAUGGGGUGGGCUGGGGAGAUAGGAAAUGGGUUCCUUUUAUUCUUGUCUUCUUUAAAAAGCAGGUCAUGCUAUGCCAUUGAUUGGCUUUCUCUAGCAGAUGACUUCCACCAUGCAUAUUCUCUCUUUCCAGCACCCAAACAUGGAACUGAGUAACAGUUUAAAUAUUUUCAAAUGUCUCUAUUACCAGAUGUUUCACAAUUGACCAAGUGGCCUAAAAAAGCCACCUGCUUGUCUGAUCUGCUGUCAUUGCUGUAGGAGGGUCUGGGAAGAACUGGGAGCGAACGUCUCUUCCCUACCCCUCCCAUCUCCAACAUCCCAAACAAAGCCAGUGGAUAGAAAGAGGACACAACAGCAACGAUUGCUUUCUGGUACUCUGGUCACUGUGAACAAAGGCUGUGUUAUGGAUCACUAACAAGUAUUAACAAGUUGUCGCUUCUACCAUGAGCUUGAUGGACUAUCAGGGAACAAUAUUUAUUCAAAGUGGAGCCAAUGGGCUUUCAUGUAUUUCUGCAUGUGGCAAGUAUAUGUACCAGUUUUUAUGGACACAUGCACAUCAAUGUUAAGUUCACUUCCCCAUUCUUUUCAACUCGAACUCUAGAGUUGCCAGGUGCCUUCAGGCCUACAGCUGCAAUACAGGUCAUACUUGCAAGUACAACAGCCCUUCCGCCAAAGUGCUGGAAGGAUCAGUCAAUGCACCACUUUCCCAAAGUCAAUCAUCUAUUUUCACAGGGAAGCACUGAGCUCCUGUGGAUCAAUCUAGGAGAGAAUUGUAAUUUGUGGAAGCUGCAUACUUUGCUGGGUGUCUAGGAUGACAAAUCAGGUCUCAACUGACCUGGCCUGGCCUGACCUGCAACAGUCUGUGUGGAGACCCUGUGUGCAUCCCCUCAUGGUCACUCAUGAGAUUUUUUUGUGGGGGGAGGGGGCAGAGGGAGAGUGUACUUCCUUAUUAAACAUAAUAUUUCUGACUUGAUGAACUUCUCUUAACAAUCUAGUAUACAAAGAAUGCUGAAGUAUUUGUUUCUUUUUUAAACUGAAUAGUCAUUAUAUGCGUCUUACAUUUAGAUUCCCCCCCUCCUGCGUUUUGCUUGCACUGUGCAGACAGACAGCUUUUCUUAAGUUUUGGUUAUCUGUCAAAGCUCAGACACACACACCUUUUUAAAAAGAAGGUAAUUCUUAGGGAUGUUUCAAAAGCAGUGCUUGACAUAAUUCUAACUUCCUGCACCCUUCAAAAUAUUCUUAGAUAAAGUUGCAUAUAGCCACAUCCUAGUAUUAGAAAUGCCCUACAACUCUGGUCUUCAAAAUCUAGCUAUGGGGCAUUGCUUAGUAGAGUCCAGGUGGACUUACAUUUGCCAAGGGUGUGUCCAACUCCAUGAAGGGAGCUGUUCACUUAUAAAUGUGGAAUGUGCAUCAGUUGUGAUGGCAUGCCCAAGCCUUUGGGAAAAACGAUAGUGUCUGGCUUUACUCAGGGGCUAUCUGUAUACCUUCUGUUAAGAUUGAGACCCUUAACACACAGAGGCACUUUAGGCAAGGUGAAAAGAUAACUAAAAUGAGUUUACUGAAAACAUGAUUAAUAAAGGCUUAACUUCA